AUGAGUUAUCGGAGGGAUAAUCGAGCCUCACGGGCUUCACUCUUCGAUAACAUGGAUAGCCUUGAAGAGGGUGGUCUUAGGUCCUCUACUUCGUACUCAGGUGGUAUUGAUGAUCAUGACAAUGAAAAAACUGUGGACAGUUUGCACGAUAGAGUCAGCUUUCUGAAAAGAUUGACGGGAGAUAUACACGAGGAAGUGGAAAGUCACAACCGUAUGUUAGAUCGAAUGGGAAAUGAGAUGGAUGCAUCCCGAGGGAUUAUGUCUGGAACAAUUGAUCGUUUUAAGAUGGUGUUUGAAAAGAAAUCAAAUCGGAGGAUCUGCAAACUCGCAGCAUAUUUUGUCGUUGCUUUCUUUGUGCUGUAUUAUAUCAUUAGGGUUCUCUUGUAUUUCUUGUAUGGCUAA